ACUCCUUUUGCAUCUUGUACGAAACGAAAAAAGGUCUAGUAGUCUAGAUUACUACGGUCCGACAUGAGACAACCUCAGUGCAGUGACAGCGCUAAAAAGCGCUAAGCCUGAACAGACCUUCUAAUUAUAUGAAAAUGUUCCUCAGCCUAUCGUGUAUUUAUGAUGAUCUCGUCUUUUUUUCUAAGUCGAGUUAUUGAUUUUACAAAAAACCAUAGGGUUUUGGAGGUAAUUCGCGUUUUUCUCCCCCAUAAGAGCACUUUUUCCAUAACAUAAAGUCAUAUUCGGAAUCACCGUGAAAAACUACGUCGAAUGAUGUAUAGUUUGUUAGUCUUACAAAUAAAACAUUUUUUGACAAAAAUUCAGCGCAAGGGUCCCCCUAAGCAACUUUUUGUCGAAAAAAAUUUUUUUUCGAAUUCGACUUUUUUACUUCUGCUAAUAUCUGACACAUAGUAAGACCAUAUUAUGCUAAAAUAAUCAUUUUCUAACUCAAAAAAUCAGAUGUCCGCCUGCUCUGUGAAAAAAUGCCCACUGUGGGUCGAGUCUCUCUAUUCGUAUGAAAUCGAUUUUAACGUUUUUCGUUAGUUUAAGUUGGAGAAUACUCAUUUGCAUUUUGAAACAAUAAAGUAUAAUAUGUACAAUUAGUCUAUAUAAUUUGUACAAUUUUUUUUUUUAUACCUGACAGAUAAUUAUAUUGAUCUGUUUAAGUUAGAGAAUGUUGAACGAUAGAAAAAAAUAUGUCACCAUUAUAUUAGUCACUGCAAGCACCUGUUGUACACAACACAAAAUAUUUUUCAUUUUAUAUUGUAUGCACAAGAAAUAAAAAAAAAUAAGACAAAUAGUAAACUGAGUAAUAAAGAUUUUUCUGUCAAUGAAUUCUACUAUAAUAUAUAACAUACACGGUUUACAACACCACAAUAAUAUUUUUUCUGUGUUUCUAUUUUAGACUUUUGUUUACCAUUUGACACACUGAUCAUUGAAGAAAAACAAUGGAAAAUGAUCUGAAUUUGAAAUUUCUCGCUUUAGGCGAUUCAGGUGUAGGAAAGACAUGUCUGUUAAAUCAAUAUGUCGAUGGAAAGUAUAAUGAAAAACUAGCACCUACAGUGGGUAUUGAUAUUCGACAGAAAUCGUUUGAAUACAAAUCAUCAAAAAAUUCGUCUUUAAAAGUUUGGAAAAUACAUUUACAGCUAUGGGAUACAGCAGGACAAGAACGUUUUCGUAGUUUAACGACAACGUUCUUCCGUGAUGCAAUUGGUUUUUUACUGGUAUUCGACUUAACAAAUGAAGAUUCAUUUUUAAAUGUUCGUGAUUGGAUAACGCAACUUCAAAACAACGCUUACACAAAUGAUCCCGAUAUGAUCAUUAUCGGAAAUAAAAAAGACUUGAAAAGUGAGCGUGUAAUUGAUAAAAACAGGGCUCAAGAAUUCGCACAACAAUGUAACCUUCAAUACAUUGAAACAAGUGCUCUUGCAAAUACCAACGUUACAGAAUCAAUCGAACUCUUGUUAGAGAGCGUUAUUGCCCGAAUGAAUAAAAAUAAAGAACUGAUAAUACAAAAUCCAUUUCAAAAAUCGAAAGAUACUGUAACACUCGCAAAUGACAAUGUGAAUAAAGAUGAUGGUACGAAUCAAAACAACCUACAAACAUCAUACUACAAAAGACUAACAUCGUGUUGUAACUAA